AUGUUUAGGCAAAAUCUGUCUCUUAUGUUCCUUGGAACAGCCUCUGGAGGUGGUCCCUCAGAAACCAGAAACUGCUCAUCUCUGUUAUGCGACUUUAUGGACGAUUUGUCGCUUUGGCUCGUAGACUGUGCUGAAGGAACUCUGCGCCAAUUUCAAUUUCAACCCCAAGAAGGGUUCAAGUACCGGGCGAACAGAGUCACCAAAAUUUUCAUCACCCACAUGCAUGCCGACCAUAUCAUGGGCAUUGUUCCAUUCCUGCGCUGCGUGCUGUAUCCCCCAGAGGCAGGAAAGAAACCUUCUUAUACCUCAAAUCCACCUUCACCGAAAGUGGAAAUCUACGGACCAGCAGGGCUGCGGACAUUUGUGCGGCAAAUCAUGAAAAUGACACUAACAUACACAGCGGAUUGCUACACCGUUCAUGAGCUGCUCACAAAGGAUGAUCCUGUGACGCCUUGUGAUUUACCGCCACUAGACGAGAGCGCCGCCGCUGCCGAGUCUGGCUUUGACCAUAACAUUGCAAAUCCGAAUGUUAUGCAUGUUAGUGAAGUACGCGGGUCCGAUAUCCGCGCCGACAAGAAAGGAUUUUGGAAGAGUUUUGUCUCCGCGCGUGGCCGUGUGCAGGAUAUCGAAGUUGACGCUGGAUCUAUACAACACCGCGAUCCAUGCAUAGGCUUCGUGUUCAGAGAAACAGGCCCUCCCGGCCGCAAAAUCGUGAUUCUCGGCGAUACCUACGACCCCUCCCAAAUGACUCCAUUAUGCCUGAAUCCGCCUCCGACAUUGCUCGUUCACGAAUCCACGGACGCUCCCAUUCCAGAGUCGGCCGAUCAGGAGGGCAAACUAUCCAAACGUGAUCCUGAAGAGGUCCUGCAAAAGGUUUUAUUGCGUGGUCAUUCGGUUCCAGGCAUGGCGGGUGCCUUUGCCAAGCAGGUCAAAGCUGCCCAUCUGGUGCUUAACCAUAUCGGUUCACGGUUCCCAGCCCCUCGCAACCCAUGGGACGCACGGGCCACUGUCAUGCAAGAAUUCGAACGACAAGCAACCGAAGCUUGGGGCGUGAAUUCGAAGAAGAACGCAAGUUCAAGGGGCCAUGGUCGAUAUGGCCAUGGGCGUGGUCAGCAGUCCGCGGUUGCUGCGCAAGAUUUCUUGCGUAUCAAUAUCCCCAUGCAGGGACCUGCUAUGUUUCUUUUCCCUCCGUCUCAAUCUAAGAGCAGUGGGUACGGAGACGGACAGGCCCACCGUCGGCUUCGGGCUCGCAUCAUCGGACAGGGCAGCCGCAUCACCAGGGAGGCUCAGGGUAUGGCCUGCCAGGAGCCCAAAGAAAUGCGUACCGGGGUCAUGGAGCGCAUAGAGGCGGUGGUGGCCAUGGAGGAGGUGGCGACAGACAUUCCAUUGCUAGAUCUCCUGAGGCUGGUGGAUCCUCCCAGACGUCACACCCUCGUGGUGACCGCGAACCCGAACACCCUCAUGAGUCUCAUCGUCACCCUCGUGACAAUAAUGGGAACGGCGGUGAUACCUCUAAUGGGAGAUCUACUGACGAUGGUCAUCGAGCUUGCUCCCCCUCUUCUAGUCAUAGCCAUGGGCAUAAUGGAUCUCGAAAGCGUCGGCGCUAAGCCAUCGAGCCAGGACCAUACAGAUUGA